CAUUUCUUUUCCGGUACGACAAAGAUGUCAAAGCUAAAUUUGUCCAAAAUUUUAUUUGCCAAUUUCAUCAAUCCACCGUUUUAUUUAGCAAACUACUAUCCUUUAACUAUCGUUUAUUACCAAGUGUAAAUAAAACUAUAAAAUGCCACGUGGUAAAUACACUAAUCACAAGGGACGUAAUCGUAAAUUUACUAGUCCCGAAGAAUUAGAGGAGCAAAGAAAACAAGAAGAGUUAAAACAAAAAUGGAGGAAAGAACAUGGGCCGAGCAGUAGCGAAGAAGAAUCAGAGGACAAUAAAUCUGGUUCAGGCAGCAGUGACGACAGUGAUUCUGAUGACGAUCAACCAGCAAAGGCGAAAGGUGUGUCCGGUCUCAUUGAAGUGGAAAAUCCAAACCGAGUAGUGAAAAAAAAUAAAAAGCUGAAUAACUUGGAUAACCUUGGUGAUGGCGAGAAACCUCAGUUGUCAAGGCGUGAACGUGAGGAAAUAGAGCGGCAGCGUGCGGCGGCGGCGUACCAGAAGGCGCACGCGGAGGGAAAGACGGACCAGGCUCGAGCGGACCUCGCGCGGCUCGCCAUCAUCCGCCAGCAGCGCGAGGAGGCCGCCAAGCGACGCGAAGCUGAGAAGAAAGCUAAAGACGAAGCUACCAAGAAAAGGUAGACUAAUCAGCAAUAGACUAACAGGAAUACUAUUUUCAAUGUCAAAUGCUCAUAAUCUCAAAUUAGGUGGCUUUCGAAAUCCUCAAUGUUUAUUAUUAAAGUAAAUUUUAUUCGCCAUUUCAAGACUGCAUGGAUAAAUUUAUUAUUAUGAGAAAUGUUAUCGGAAUUGAUAUAUAAAUAAAAAUUUACUUUGAAUAUCUUAUGACAAAAUUUGGAAAAAGAAAAAAAAAUUGUAUAAUACACCUCCUUUAAGAAACAGUGAAAGUAAAUAAUAAAUUUCCUCAAAACGUAAAAAUAAAAAUAAUUACAGUUCUAUCAGUGUUAUUUUUGGUUAAAUAAAACCUUUUUAUUUUCUGUAUAAAAUAGUGUUCAUAUUUUAACUAUAAUUAAUUAUUUUUACAAUCGUGAUGUCCUUAAAAGAUUUUUUAUAAUUAUUUACGGGAUAAAUUGCAAAGCAUGACAUUUAUAAAGCUGGCAAAAUGAAUUUAUAUGAACUGGCAACAGACAUUUCCAUGUAUUUAAUUUUAUUAAGCAAAUAAAUAUUAAAUCGUCUUAUAGGCAAAUUGUAGGAAAUUCGUUGUUUUAUUUAAAUAUAAAAAGAUUUUAAUACACAGAUAGAACGCAAGCAAUAUCUGUGAAAACAUAAUAUUUUAUGCAUAAUUUUAAAAUGUAUUCAACGACAAAGUAUGCUGACUUGAUACAAAAAUUGCACAAUUUUAUGUUUAUCACUGUGUUCACAUUAGCACAUCUUGCGUUGCACAAAUGCUCAUUAUGCUUAUAACAUCUAAAUUAUCUGUAAUACUUUGUAUUUAGAAUUCUAAUCAGUGUAUGCCUGAAGGGGAAACCUCAAAUUUUAGAACGAUUUUAGCAGCCACUAGUCUUAAAUAUAAACUGGUACUAAAACUAUAAAAAACAUGUAUUUAUUAUAGUGAAUUUUUAACUUAUAGAUACUCCAAGUGCAUUCUUGACUCGUUAUGUUCCCGCGUUUAUUGAAUUAUAAAAAAAAAA